AGUAUAACGAGAUAUUGCGAGAUUUGCGGCGUGAACGAUUCAUCGUCAGCAAUUCCACUGUUUUAUCUCCAGCCGUUGCACUUACCUUUGAAAAUUAAUUUAUUGUUAAUUAUUAAAUUGCAAGGGGCUGGAUAUAUAUUAUUUUUCUUAUCCGACUUAUUGAUAUUUUUGAAGAAUGGAGGAAAAAGACAAAGGAGAAGAUGAACAAUUUGAGAGGGAUUUGAAAAAUAUGCUAAAGGAUGGGCCUUCUAUAAGUCCAACUGCUGACACUGUUCAAGGCGAUUUAUCAACUUCCACAAAUCCUAUGUCUAUGCCUUCGACUAGUGUUCCGAGAUCUGCCUCAGGUCCAAUUCAAGGAAGAUUACCUGAUGCAGCAUCCGUUCCUCAUUCACCGUCUGUAAACGGACACAGUUCAUCUGUUACACAGCUUAACUUAAAUUCCUCAUCCAAGUUGGAUGCAAUAAAAGACUGGUCAAUUAGUACAUUUAAAUGCACAAAACAACUUAUUUCGGAGAAAUUUGGAAACAGUUCAAGAACCGUGGAUGUUGAAUUAGAGAGUCAAAUUGAAGUUCUUCGAGAUACACAAAGAAGAUAUUCCAAUUUACUGAGAUUGGCUAGGUUAUUGGCUAAUCAAUUGUCUGGUGUUUUUACAACCCAAAGAGUCAUGAGUGAAGCAUUUAGCGAUUUGGCCCAAAAAUCUUUGGAACUACAAGAAGAAUUUGCCUCCAAUUCUGAAACUCAAAAGAACCUAGCCAAAAGUGGAGAAUCUUUAAUAGGAGCUCUGAAUUUCUUCAUUUCGGGCAUUAAUACCUUAACACAUAAAACGAUGGAGGAUACGUUGCAAACAAUUCGAAAUUAUGAGACAGCCAGAGUUGAAUAUGAUGCCUACCGGUUAGAUGUUGAGUCGCUUCAGCUUCGUCCAAGAGAUGCAACUACGAUGCAAAAACUCAAGGAGGCUGAAAAUAAACAUGCUUAUCACAAAGCAAAAUUUGAGCGUUUAAGAGGGGAUGUUUCGAUCAAGAUGAGAUUUCUUGAUGAGAAUAGAGUUAAAGUAAUGCAAAAACAGUUGCUACUGUUUCACAACGCUGUCUCUCAUUACCAUACUGGAAAUGUGGUAGCAUUGGAAAAGACAAUGAAACAAUUUAGUAUAAAAUUAAAAACUCCCAAUUCUUCAAAUCCCUCUUGGUUAGAACAAUCUUGA